AUGAUUAGUUCUUCUCGUGUUGCUGCUAUGGCAUUGCGCCAGAGCUCUAGAGCAAUUGUUCCUUUAGCUGUACUAUCCUCGAAUGGUCUACGCCUGAGGUAUUUUACCCCAGGUUUAGCACACAAGACUCAGAUAAGGACUGUGACUUCGGACAUUGCUGAAAUCAAGCAGGAAAUCGACAAAGACGAGUCUGAUAACUCGGCAGAAACUACAGGAGUGAUUGACGUCAAGAAUCAACACGAAGUUGUUUUGUACUAUGACCAUAUUUAUUUCUUAGGAGCUUCCAGCCCUGCUUACUUCAAUGUAUUUUUGCAGUUUUUGAGAAUACGCAAACAGACACCGGCUCAAAUCAGAGACAAGAUCCUAAAAGUCUCAGCGCCUAUACCUGCCGAGGCGGAAAUAACGCAAUUGAUUCCGUUUAUGAGAGAUUGUGGAGCUUUUGCCAAGUUCCAAGUGCCUCCAGGCGUAGAAGUAGCUGAAUUUGUUCAACAAAUCAGACAGAACGUAGUUCAUAAUGAAAAAGCGUACAACAGCGGUAUUUUCAGGAGAGUGUUGAGCUUGUUUUGGAGCCACUAUCCAGCUGUUUAUUCUGUAAAGGGUACACCUUGGAUCGAGGACUUGCGAAGAUACCCCAACACAAAGUUGAAAGUGAAGUUUGAGGGCGAACCACUUACCGAGGAGGAGUUGUAUGUACUUUUCAGAAGGUACGGCCCUUUAGUAGACAUCAUUCCAGGACCAGAAUCCGCAGAAGCCACUCUUAUCUACCGUGGUUUGAGAUCAGCUAUUGCAGCUAAGAACUGUAUUACAGGCGUUUCUUUGAACAAGGGCAGGACAGUUUUACAUUUGCAAUACAUUCCUAUAAAGAGAGUGAAUUACAUCACUGAAUUUGUGACCAAUCACCAAAGAAUCGCCAUUCCCAUCAUUUUAGCCCUUUUGGCUACUUUGGCUGUGCUUAUUUUCGAUCCUAUCAGACAGUACUUCAUUGAAGUUAAGAUCACAAAGAGAUACUCCUUUGAUACGUACAAGGACUAUGCAGUUGUGAAGACUAUCACCAAACCUUUGCGUGUUGUUCACAAUUGGCUCAGUUCCAGUUACGACUAUAUUGACAAAAAAAUCGACUCCAUUAGUUCUCCUGGCACUGCAAGUGACGAAAAGUCCGACGAUAGUGAUGUCUCUCAAGCUCUUCAAACUGCCAGUACUAUUUGGAAUGAAAGAUCAGAGAAAUCAAAGCAGAUCAAGAUGUGGAUAUACGAGAAUGUCAACACUUUCAUUAUAGUCAAGGGUCCAAAAGGUUCAGGAAAGGAAGAGUUUAUUCUUGACCACACCUUAUUAAAUGACGAGAAAUUGAGACAUAAAAUCCUUUACAUCAAUUGUAGUGAAUUGGCUAAAGCAAGAUCUGAUAAUGAUUUGCUCAAGAGUACAGCAAAUCAGUUGGGAUAUUUCCCCUUAUUCACAUGGACUAACACUGUAUCACAAUUUGUUGAUUUAGGUGUCCAAGGGUUGACUGGUCAAAAGUCUGGUUUAAGCGAGAGUAAAGAAACCCAAUUAAAGAACAUGUUUACCUUGACAUCUCAAGCUAUUAGAUCUAUUGCUACAAGAGACUAUCAAAAGUAUCAUGCGAGUGUUACGAGAAAGAAUAACAGAUUGCCCGAAGGUGAAAAUAUCGAAAUCCUAAAGGAAGAAGAGUACUUGCAACAACACCCAGAAUGCAAACCUAUCGUUGUGAUAGACAAAUUCAACAGAAAAGCCGAUGCUGCACUGAAUGACUUUGUAUACCCUAUGAUUGCAGAAUGGAGUUCUGUUCUUGUCCAGAACAAUUUAGCUCAUGUCAUAUAUGUCACCUCAGAUGUGGGAAGUAUCCAGCAUUUGAACAACGCUCUUCCAAAUCAAGUUUUUAAAUCGAUUUCUUUAUCAGAUGCAUCUAGUUUCAGUGCCAAACUGUUCUUGAUGCACCAAUUAAAGUUGGAAGAUGAUCAUACCAUUUCAGGCGCCUUUGAACCACUUGGAGGAAGAAUGUUGGACUUACAGGCUUUUGUUAGGCGUAUCAAUUCCGGUGAAACCCCACCAGAAGCUCUUGAAGAGAUGGUCAACCAAGCUUCAGAACAGGUCACAACAUUCUUUUUAUGCGCCCAUAAGAUUGACGAUGAUACCAACUGGAAUGCCGCACAAGUGUGGAUGCUUAUGAAAUUAUUGUCCAAAUCCGAUAGUAUAAACUAUUCAGAUUUGAACAAAUCUCCUCUUUUCAAGCCAGAGGAAGACACAGUAGCCACCUUGACCACUUUGGAGAAACACGAUUUGAUUUCAUUGCAAAGAGAUAAGGGUAUUCUUGACAAAAUCAGUAUCGGACGUCCAUUGUUUAAGGCAGCCUUCAAGCAGUUGAUAAGUGACCCCAAGAUUUCCAAAUUGUAUGAAGUGGAUUACAUUUCUACCUUAAUUAAAAUAGAGAACGAGAAGAUCAAGAAGUUUGAAGGUGAGUUGAUUAGUAUCCAAAAGCUUGGUGAUAAAUUGGGCAGCAGAGUUUUAUAUUUGAGCAAGAAGAUCGAUGCUUCCAAUGCGAAGGUCGUCGAAUACGAAGGAAAGAUUGCAGAGAUUAAUCUGAAACCAGCAUCCAAGAACUUUCUUAAGUUAUUCUAA